ACAGCUGCUGCUUGUGGAGGUGGGUAGUGGCGGCCUGGGAGGUGCUGGCGGUGCUGGUCAUGUGGCGUGUGCUGGCAGCGAUGGUGUGGGUCGUCCCCUGGCAGGGGGCUCUCCUCUCUCACCCUCAGAAUCAAAGUUCACUGGAAGGAAAUAUCGUAUUCGAUCAUAUAGCGCUGACUCAGAUCCUCGACGAGUUUAAGAAGUUGACUGAAGGGGCGGAGGAGACCAGGAGCUGCGUCAGCGAGGUCACGACCUGGUUCACAGCCCACCGAGACCACCAGGAUGAGGUCACCCAAGGGCUCAGGGAGAUAGAAGCUGGGGUGAAGAACCUCGCACAGCAGCUGAGGGCACACCUGCUCGAGGCUCGACAACCAGACUUGCCGACCGCAGACGCCAAAACAGAAAGUCUGCUGGCCGAGGUUACUCUUCGGGAAAACCAGAUAAUCGAUCUUGAAAUUGAAAACAACCGCUCCCAAGCUGAGAUACUGCGACUGGAGGAGGAAAUCACUCGGAUCCAGUCGGAAACUAAUGACAUUAAGAGCAAGGUUAAUCUGGCAGGGGAAGAGUUGAGAGUGAUGAAGAGAGACGCCAGGGAGGUGGAGAGAGAGACCCAGCAGGUGACUCUCAAGGUCCAGGAAGUGGAGACGAACAACGAACGAGCGAGGAACGAGACUCUCCGGAUGAGGCAAGAGACAAGUCUCCUGAAGGAAAGAAAUCGGAACUUGGAAGAGGAGAAGCGAGUGUUAGAACAAAGAAAUAGAGAAAUCGAAGAGGAAAAUAAGCAGCUUGAGGAAAGAGGCAGACACCUAGAGGAGGAGAACAACCAAACACAACACAGAAUGGCAGAAGCUGAAGAACAGAAGGCAAAGUUGGAACAAAGGAAAAGGCAUCUUGAGGAGAAGAAGAGGCAAUUGGAAGACAAGAAUAAUCAAGACGAAGCCAAUAGGGAAAAUCUAGAAAGGAAAGUAAGAGAACUGGAGACGGAGAAGAGAGCCCUGACAGAGAAGAAAGGGACGAUUGAGAGAAGAGCGUCAGAGAGAGAGAGAGAGCAGCAAGGGGUGGAGGCAGCGGACGCCCCCACCACUAGUGUAGACCAACUGGCUGCCGGGUCUCAGGGCUACUAACACCCCACCACUUCCUCUCCGUCAUUUCACACUUCAUGUUAUAUACGCAUGCGAAUACAAUUAAAUAUAUAUUAAUAAACCCAAGGACAUCCCUCUA